AUGGAAGCGCUUCAGGACAAGAAAAUUAAGUUUUUUUCCAUGGAAAAUAUGAAAAAGAAUGAAAAAACAAUUGAAUAUGUGCACACAUCGAUGUGUGUUAUUGCUGGUUGUAUUGCUGGUAUCACAGGCAUGACGGGGCUGCAAGGGUUUGCAUUUCUUGCAAUCGCCUACGUAUUCACGGCUCUAGCGCUUUGGGUGUUUAAGCUUGGAAUGAAUGUUCAUGUGUAUUUCAACACAAGUGUCAUCUCCUUUAUCUUUGCAGGUGUCAUGUCUCAAGCACUAUCGUUUAUCCUCUUUUGGACGCUAUCGUAUGGACUUGUACAUAUCUAUUGA